UUUCACAUGGAUUCUUCAGUUUCUCGUGCAACACUCGUGCAGUACGAGUUUUGCCAAUCGAAAACGCUAUUAAUUUCGAAUGUGAACUACUAGCGUAUAUAUAUGACUACUAGAGACACGAUGAAUAGACUUAUUGUAUUAACAUCUUUUUAUAUGGAUGAGGAGUACGAAGCCGAUUGGGACAGACCGGAUCCCAUGGAAGAUGAGUCCGAUGGUGGAGAGGAACAUGUCGAAAAUCCGGAACAGGUUUUGGCAGAGUGUGCCGAAAAAUUCGCGACGCCCGAUUAUAUCAUGGAACCAGGAAUAUUUUCUCAACUCAAAAGAUAUUUCCAAUCGGGUGGCAACCCCGUGCAGGUCAUCGAGCAAUUAUCUCACAAUUACACGGCGGUGGCACAAAUGGCCAACCUUAUAGCCGAGUGGCUUAUUGUAGCCGGCGUGAAAGUUCAAGAUGUUCAAGCCAUGGUCGAAAAUCACCUCAAAGAUAUGAUUCUGAGGACGUUUGAUCCGAAAAAGGCCGACACCAUCUUCACUGAGGAGGGAGAAACGCCUGCCUGGUUAACAGAAUUAAUAGAACAUCCAACUUGGCGAUCGCUUAUAUAUCGAUUAGCCGAAGAAUAUCCAGAUUGCUUGAUGUUAAAUUUCACUAUAAAGCUUAUUUCAGAUGCAGGAUUUCAAGGUGAAAUUACUAGCAUAUCUACGGCAGCUCAACAGUUAGAAGUAUUCUCAAGGGUACUAAAAACGUCUAUUGGAAGUUUUCUGACUAACCCGGAAGAGUGGCAGAAAACUAGUAGGGAAUGUGCUAAAAUGGUUUGUCAUGGUCAACACACGUACGUGUACAGUCAAGUUAUCAUGAAUGUCUUAGCAAGAGAACCGAAAGGUGGCAGUAGCAUGAAAAGACUUUCACAAGAAAUAACAAAGUGUGCUCAAAAAAGCGGGCACGAUAUCACUCCAAUCACAAUGGCAUUAAAUGGCGCAUCAGCGUACCCACAGGCUUGUCAGGCACUGACUUCAAUGUUGUGCAGAAAUACUUUAAAUCCUGCCGAUAUAUCGGUUCUCUUCCGUAACUAUUCCGCUUUAGAUCCACCACCAAUUGAUCUCAUUCGAACUCCUCAGUUUCUAGAACUACUGAUUGACUCCUUAUUUAAAAGCGGGGUGAAACUAAAUCCCGAGCAUAAACCCAAGUACAUUUACCUCCUGGCCUACGCGGCGAGCGUGUGGGAAGCGCAAGUAAAAAAAGGACAGAAACGCUGCCUGAACAAGGAAGAUCUCAAACCGACGGUUCAGGCCAUCGAAACCGUCCACAAUGUGUGUAAUAUAAAUAAGGGCAGUUCGGAGUUAAUGGCCGAGUUGGCGAAUCUGUAUCAGUGCUUGAGAUUUCCUGUCGUCGCCGUGGGUAUUGUUAGAUGGGUGGAAUGUACCGUGACGGAGCCGAGCUACUUUAAACUGUCAACGGAGCAUUGCCCAUUGCACAUGGCGAUGUUAGACGAGGUUGUUAAUAACCAUGCGCUCCUUCAUAAUCAGGUUUUGGAUCUGUUAAUUAGACUUUUCGAGUCGAAACAGGACGAGUUGGAAAUUUUAGUGCAGUUGGAAAUGAGGAAAAUGGUCCUAGAUCGUAUGGUCAGUUUACUAUGCGCCGGAUGUGUGGUUCCUGUUGUUAAAUACAUUAAGCAAUGUUGGCAGAAAGGGGAUACAGAUAUAUCGCUAAUUAGAUAUUUUGUAACAGAGGUACUAGAAGCUAUUGGUCCGCCGUAUAGUUCCGAAUUUGUUCACCUAUUUAUGCCGAUGGUGGAGAACGAUGAGAUAACAGGAACCAUGAGAGGAGAUGGCGAAAAUGACCCGGUAUCUGAAUUUAUCGUAUAUUGUAAAGCAAACUACAGUGCAAUCAUUUAAGGCUGAGCGAUGCUGUUGGUUAAUGGAAAUCAAGUUCGAUGUAAAAUGAUUUAAAAAAUCAAAUGAAAUAAUGUUUUGGGUUAUUUUAUAUAAAAGGUGUAAAAAGA